GCGCCUGGCGAAGAUUCGGAUGGAGUUAACGAAGUGAAAUAAGGACAAAAAUAUUUUUCUUUUGAAAAUCUAAUUGAAAAAUAUAUGUUAUUAUUAUUUGAGGCAACAAAACACUCUUGUUGCUUACCUUGUUAUGAGAAUUUGUAUGCAACCGUUAUGUAUUUGGGAUAAUUAUUAAUGAAUGGAAGUUAUCUUUACAUUCCCUUAAUAUGAAUUUGAAGGAACGUGAAUAACACUGAGAAAUGUCCGAAAGUUAAAGUGUUGAACGGCUUUUCUUAUUAUCAUGACAACCAAAGGAGGAAGACUGGCUAUACGAAAAUUUGGAUUGGCCAAUUUAUGGUCAAAAGACAGCCAGUGUAACUUUGCAGUAUUGGGCGCAGAAGAGGUGGGAAAAACAGCUUUGGUGGUUCGUUUUCUCACAAAGAAAUUCCUCUCAGAGUAUUCCCAUUGUACUUCGUUCUGCUACGAGCGAAACGUCAGUGUCAACGACAAAAUACUUCCGGUACGAAUUACAGACACUUCCGGAAAGGACUCUUAUACAUCACUGAAAUCAAAAGGGCUACUGGAAGGGGCAGAUGGAUAUCUUAUUGUCUACUCGGUCACCGACAAACGUAGCUUUGUGAAAGCUCGUGAACUAUUAAAACUGCUCAAGGAAGACUUUGGCGAAGAAGGACAGACACCAGUGGCGUUAAUUGGGAACAAAGACGAUCUUGUUCAUUACAGAGCAGUGUGCUCUGCAGAAGGUCAGCGCGUAGCGCUUUUCUAUCCCGGAUGUUUAUUCUACGAAUGUUCUGCUGCGCGAGAAGCUCAAAAUGUGGAGACAGCAUUCCAGAAAUUUUUGGGUCAGGUAGUCACCAGUAAAGAACAGAGACGACGUCUAUCGGCCUUUUCCGUACUAACACCCAAGAUCCAAAAUCCAAGAAGAAAUAGCGCGGGAAAUUCCACGUUGAGUAGUUGGUGGAAGAAAAAUCGACCAAACUCUGAGCGCGAAGUUCGGCAAGAUCGAACAUUAACCAUGUAAUAAGCAAGGCUUAGCGAAGAGAAAGAAGUUUCUUUUUGUGGGAUGAUGAAAGUCAUAGUGUAAUGUUCGUCAUACGCCACAUAUUUCCAUAAUUUCGGUUUGUUUAUUUGUUAUUAAGCGGAAAGCUACAUAAUGAAAUAUCUGUGAUGUGCCUACCAUGUGUAUCACAACCCAGUUUUUAGCGAUAUAAGCAUUCACACAUACCGAUGUGCUACUGGGAACUUAAUAAACUUACAAAUAUUAAAGUCAACUUUCAGUCUUCCCACCAGUCUUCCCUAUAUUUUUAGGAUGUCCUUAUAUCUCUAUAUUGUGGCCUAAAAUAGGUAAU